AUGGAGACCCCACAUCUGGAGGAUGUGGACCCUGACUCUGGUCAUCCCACUCUCUUGCAGAGGCAAAAAUGUGAGUUGAAAGUGAUAAUAAAGUCAAUAAUUAGUGCCACUUCUCCCCUGGCCACCAAAGGGUACGCUGGAGCUAACAUGUUCACCUUCACCAUCAGGAAGGAAAAAUCCACACAGAGUGGCCAGAAGAGAAGAGAAGAGAAGAGAAGAGAAGAGAAGAGAAGAGAAGAGAAGAGAAGAGAAGAGAAGAGAAGAGAA